CCAACCCCCCUCUCUCGUCUCUCCAAAGCUUAUGAAGAUGAUGUGAAAGGUAACAAAUACUUGUGUUUUGUUAGCAGAUAAAACCCACAAAUCCAAUACAUAAACUUUGUAGCUUCAUAUUCUCCAUCAUCAAUAUCGUUUUUUGGAUCAGUAAGAAAUCAUCGCGUUUAUAAAAUGUAACCCCAAGUCUUCUACUCCGCCUUGAAUCAUUUCUUGGCAGAUUCUCGCUCUAAAAUCACCUCCCCACAAGUAUGAACUUGAAAAUGGCGUCAACGGCUCAGCAAAAGAAUACCCUACAAUCGAUUUUAGCAAGCAAACUCAAUAACCUCACUAUUCCGCCAUCAUCCGCCGAACAAGAUUUUGAUUUUGCUGAUGUUUUUGGUCCUGCUUCAUCAUCUUCAGCUAAUCCUAAUUCAAACCCUAACCUUUUCAUUGGAGACCCCCAAAUCAUCCACAAUCGAUCCCACUCCUUCAUUGGGCCUUCCCCUCGUUACACCCUCUCCAAAUCCCUCUCUCUUCACCAUGAUGAGUUCGAACCCGAUAGUUCCGGAGAAGAAGAAGAAGAAGAAGACGAUAUGAUCAAAGUCGACAAGGCUGAGGAAGAGGAAGGAUAUGAAGCUGAAGGGAAAGGUGAAGUGGAUUAUAAGAUUGGACCUGGGGAUUUUGAGAUAAUGAGGGUAAUUGGUAAAGGGUCUUUUGGCAAAGUAUUUCAGGUGAGAAGGAAGGAUAGGAGCUGUGUUAAUGGUGAGGUCGAGGGUGUGAUUGGAGAUGGGAUAUUUGCCAUGAAAGUGAUGAGAAAGGACACCAUCAUAAAAAAUAAUCAUGUGGAUUAUAUGAGAGCUGAAAGGGAUAUACUCACAAAAGUAGUUCAUCCCUUCAUCGUGCAGCUUCGUUAUUCUUUUCAGACAAAAACCAAGCUGUAUUUGAUCCUGGAUUUUAUUAAUGGAGGCCAUCUUUUUUUUCACCUAUACCGACAAGGAAUCUUCAGCGAGGAUCAAGCAAGGGUUUAUACUGCUGAGAUAGUGUCUGCUGUUUCACAUCUUCACCAGAGCGGGAUCGUGCAUCGAGAUCUUAAACCUGAAAACAUACUCAUGGAUGCAGAUGGGCAUGUUAUGCUGACAGAUUUUGGUCUAGCAAAGGAAAUUGAUGAAUCCAGCCGCUCGAAUUCAAUGUGUGGGACCACAGAAUACAUGGCUCCGGAAAUACUACUGUCUAAAGGCCACAAUAAGAAUGCAGAUUGGUGGAGCGUUGGGAUACUCUUGUACGAAAUGUUAACUGGGAAGCCGCCAUUUACUCAUUCAAACAGAAAGAAACUUCAGGAGAAGAUCAUCAAUGAAAAAGUGAAGCUGUUACCACGCUUAAGCGGUGAAGCUCACUCUUUGCUCAAAGGAUUGUUGCAAAAAGAUCCGUUAGCAAGAUUGGGCAGUGGUCCGAGGGGUGGUGAUGAUGUUAAAGGUCAUAAAUGGUUUCAAACGAUCAACUGGAAGAAACUGGAGUCUCGAGGGUUGGAACCGAAGUUCAGACCAGAUGUGAGCGGUGAAGAGUGCACUGAAAAUUUUGACAAAUGUUGGACUGCAAUGCCUCUAGAUGACUCGCCUGCGCCUACACCGACAGCAGGUGAGCAUUUCCAUGGUUACACUUAUGUGGCACCUAACCCUUGGCUUUCAUCUCCUUGACAAAUGAUAGUAGUAUUUAUUUGUUGAAUAAUAAAGUAGAUUGUGAGCUUUUUUGGAUAUGUAAUACAACUUCACUUGGAUUCCCAUACAAGUUCAGAUCACAAGAGAUCAAACCUCAUAUUUUCUUUA